AUGGUCCGAGGCUCAGUUUCCACGUACCGCCUGCGCAGCGACCUCCUCGAGGACUAUUUGCGGACUCAGUUCCCAGGCUACAGGUAUUUUGAUAUCCAAGUCGCCGUGGGUAGGGCUGAUUUUUCAUGGGAACCACAGAGCCAAAUCGAGUAUAUCGAUGAGUAUGUGAGGCUGAAUAGCGACGACGCGGACUUCCUUGGGGGUUGA